AUGUUGUUGGGAGCAGAAAUAUACAGCCAGAUUUUAGUCGAUGGUGUUAUUAAAGGUCCUGUAGGAUCUCCUGUAGCUCAGAACACCACCAUCGGCUGGAUAUUAUCUGGUCAGAUUCAAUCUGAAUCUCUAGUUGAGCCCAAGGCAUGCCACCACAACAUCGUAAGUAUGCACACACAGUUAAAUGAGACCGAAAUAUUGCGAAAAUUUUGGGAGUUAGAGGCAGAACCUUCAAGCAAGAAGCAAUUGACUGAAGAAGAGAAGUUGUGUGAAGAAAUUUUCACCAAAACAACCACCAGAGAUCCUACUGGGCGGUAUAUAGUCAAGCUUCCAUUCCGUAAUGAAGAUCCGCAGUGCCAAUAUGGAAAUUCAAACCUCAUCGCUGCCAAAAGACUUCAAAUGUUGGAAAGAAGACUGGAUAGAGACCCAAAUUUGAAGCAACAAUAUUCUGAUGUGAUAGCAGAAUAUAUUGAGUUAGGUCACAUGGAGAUCGUACCCGUAGAUCAACAAGACAAGGCACUACACACGCAUCCUAAAUGCUUGCUCUACCUCAAAUAA